AUGGGGAAAUCCUCGACGAUCUUCCCCUACUGCUUAGUAAUCUCUCUCUUCGUCCUCGUAUCGUCCUCGAGCGGUACAGACACAAUUCAGCAGUUGCAGAACAUCAGCGAUGGCCAGACUCUCGUCUCCGCCGGCGGGAUCUUCGUGCUGGGGUUCUUCUCUCCGGGGGAUUCCGGUAAGAGGUAUCUGGGCAUAUGGUUCGCCGUUUCUAAUACAACAGUCGUAUGGGUCGCGAACAGAGAUAAGCCUCUCAACGGCUCCUCCGGUAUCCUGCGCAUCGACACCAGCGGCAAUCUCGUCCUCACCGGGAACCCUCCCAACACAAUCUUCUGGUCUACGGGACAAACCAGCUCGGUCGGCGCCACCGCACAGCUGCUGGACUCCGGCAAUUUCGUGCUCAGAGAAGGGAGUAGUCUUACGGCCGGAGACUUUCUCUGGCAAAGCUUCGACCACCCAACGGAUACCAUGCUUGCGGGGAUGAAGAUCGGGCCGGACUACAGGACCGGGCGUGAUCGGAACCUGACGGCGUGGAGGAACGCGACCGAUCCCUCGCCGGGGCGAUUCACCUACAAGCUGGAUCCUCGCGGGAUGGGUCAGCCCUUUGUGCUGGAUAACACGACGGUGAUCUACCGUAGUGGCCCCUGGAACGGGCUCCGGUUCAGCGGCACACCGACGACGAAGUCCUACACGAUGUUCAACUUUACCGUGGUACAUAAUCUGGAGGAGACGUACUACCAGUACGGGAUAACCCAGGAGCCGACCCUCGCUAGGCUGGUGACGGAUCAUUCCGGAGUGGCGAGGCGCUUGCUGUGGGAUAGUAAGAAGGCGGGCUGGCAGGAACUAUGGAGUUCGGACCUCGACCGGUGCAGCAACUACUCCCUCUGCGGCCCCAACGGGGUCUGCAACAGCGAUGCUUCUGUCGCAUGCAACUGCCUUAGGGGAUUCCGGGUCAAGCACCAAGACGAGUGGAAUAUUCGAAACUGGAGUGGAGGCUGCGUGAGGAAUACGAGUCUGAACUGCACCGACGGCGACGGGUUUCGGCUGGAGACGGGGAUGAGGUUGCCGGACACGGUGAACUCCACCGUCGACAUGGGCAUGAAUCUCGAUGAAUGUAGGGAAACAUGUCGGAAGAAUUGCUCCUGCGUGGCAUACGCGAGCGCGAACAUCAGCGGAGGAGAAAGUGGUUGCAUAACCUGGAUUGGGGAUCUGAUUGAUAUCAGAACUUUUGGGGAAGUUGAAGAUGGGCAAAACAUUUACAUACGACUUGCGAAGGCUGAUCUCGGUACGUUCUACCAUCUCACUCACCUGAGCGUCUACUCGAGUAAAAUCACGUCUGACUGGUCUGAACCAGCGCCUCAAGGAUGCUCCGAUGUUCAUACUUUUGGGGUUCUUCCCUCCUAAACCAGAAUCACAAGUCGUAUCUGAGUAGGCUGAUCAAAUGCCUUAUGCCUUUCCAUUUAGUAUCUUCCCGACCCAUUUAACCUACGGCUAUUCGCUACAGGGAUAUUUGAUAUUCUGCUGAAACCGCAGCAAGAUUAGGGUUUCUGUUCGAGAGGAGGUAUAAAACUGCGAAUUAACCUCCUGUUUUCAUAUUUCCGUUGCAUUUUCCCGUUUUAAAAGGAAUUCGAUGGGAACUAUUAUUUUCCGGAGUAGAUUAUCCAUACGGAGUUCUUUUCAGGAAAGGAGAUCCAUAUUUUGUUAGUAAUUUUGUAGCAGUCAGUAUGGCUCAUUAACUAUUUAUUAAUGUUUUUUUUCGGGAGGGGGGGGCGGGGUAGAGGGGAAAGGGACUGGCCAUCGUGGCCAGGGGUGGGCUUUAGCCCAUGGGAAAUGGAUUGGAAAGGAUGCCUCCUCCGAAGCCCAUUCAUUUCUCGGCAGUACCCCCGGGUCGACCGACGGCCACCCUUCACGGAUGCCGUUCCCCCUGGGAGACUUCAGAGAGAGCCGUCUUGUGAGGCUCUCUGCUGAGUGGGCGCCGCAUUGCCAGUCGGCAAGGCCACUCUUCGCGAGGAGGCUGUCCGAAAAUGCGGACGGUUGUGGAGGCUUUCUCGCGGUGGCUAUUCGCCAUGGAGGUCCGCAGCGGUGAGCCGCAACCCUGCGGCGGACGGCCCCCGAGAGAACGCCCUCUUCGUCAAGCGUUGAGCCUCGCAGCGGCAGCGUACACGAUGGCCCUCAUCUAUGUUACGAGCUGUGUUCUUCACUAUCUAAUUCGAAGUGGUUAAGAGAAAUUCGUUUCAUAUUUUUGCCACUGCUUCUGGGUUCAGGAAUGUUAGACAGCAAAAUCAAGGUAUCGCAACGACUUCCUCCAGUCGACAACUCUGCAUCUUCAUUCUCUUUUGAGAUAAAUAAAUAAACUGGGUCCUCUGCCCUUACUGUUUAACUUCAUUCGCGUUGAAUCUUCCUUCAAACCUGUCCUCCUAGAGCGAGUUCUUAGAGGGGAGUUCUCAGCUGAUCUACUUCACCUUUUCUGUCCCGCCCUUCGUUAGGUAAACAUAAUUAAUUAGUGAUCCUAUCGGUUCCUCCUGCUGAUAAUAUAGGCCUGUUUACAAGGCCGUGGAACAGCACGGCAGCCUACAGAAUGGCUGCAAAUGCACAUCCAGCUUACUUCCUCGUCGUGAUUUUCUUUUCCCUGAAUAUUCAGAAGCAUCCAGAUUUUUACUUAACAUCAAAUUCUCUCUCAUGCAGAAGAGAUUCUUGGGAAUCCAUCUAAGAAGAAACACUGGGCAAUCAUCGCCGUCACGGUGGCUUCAGCUUUGGUGUUGCUUUCUUCGGUACUUUGGGGAUAUUGCAUAUGGAGAAAGAGGAAUCAGAAGGCGGAAGCCAUAAUCGAACAUGGUUAGAUGAAAAGAACUUUCACAAAGGAUUUCCAUUUGAUUGUCCUCUGUAGAACUGGAAAACUUUUAUGUGGAAAAUACUAAUAGCACUAAGGAAUCACUUUUAUCAUCUAGUGAAACAUUCGGGCGCAUGCAACUGCUGUUUAAUCUUAGCGUCCAUGCAUCUAUGUCAGGUUCAAGGUUUCAAAGCAUCAACAAUGGUCUUACUGAUGAAAACAACGAUCUGCCCCUGUUUGAUUUGGAUACGAUAGCAUUGGCCACAAACAAAUUCGCAGAUGCAAAUAAGAUCGGGAAAGGAGGGUUUGGUUAUGUCUACAAGGUGAGAUUUCCUUUCUAUCGCGUCUCCUAGUAAAACGUGUUCCUUAUCAGCUAACAAUACGUCAGGUUUUUUAUAUCCUCCUCCUGGAGGUGUCUUACUCCUUGAUGACUUAUUGGAGACGUAGUGCUAAUUUCGCAAGCCUUCUGUGCAAAUUAUCAGGGAAAAUUUCUGGACGGGCGAGAAGUGGCUGUAAAGCGACUCUCCUCACAUUCUGAAGAAGGGAUUGAAGAGUUCACGACUGAGGUUAGGCUGAUUGCCAAACUCCAACACAGAAGCCUUGUCCGGCUUCUUGGAUGCUGCAUUGAAGGAGGAGAACGACUGUUGGUCUACGAGUACAUGCCCAAUAGUAGCUUGGAUGUCUUCAUAUUCGGUAGGAUCCUUGACUUUUUGUUUUGAUUGCAAUCAUAGGGAUUAGAAUUUUCAAUAUUGUCCCAAUGCUUGCGAACAAUGAUACUGAUGAUGGUCGCAAGUAACUUAUAGGGAUCCGCCAGUAGCGUUAAAAGCCAUUGGUUGUUGACCCAGAAAAGAACCUUCAUUUACAUGCAGGUGAUGUCCAGAAGCGUCGGUUAUUGGACUGGGAAAAGCGCUUGGACAUAAUCUUGGGGGUAGCCCGUGGGCUUCUCUACCUCCACCAGGAUUCACGGCUCAGAGUCAUCCACAGGGAUCUCAAGGCAGCCAACAUACUCCUAGACGAGGCUAUGAACCCCAAGAUCUCGGACUUUGGCACUGCCAGGAUCUUUGGAAGGAACCAAAUGGAGGACAACACAAUCAAAAUAGUCGGCACCAUGUACGUCCUCUCUCUUGAGCUAGUUAUUCAUUUUGGUUUGAUCUCAUGACGAACAGUGACAGUAUUAUUUUCGUUUCACGAACGGUGCAGCGGAUACAUGUCCCCAGAGUACAUCAUCAAUGGGAAUUUUUCGGAGAAGUCUGACAUCUUCAGCUUUGGAGUUUUGGUGUUGGAGAUCAUAAGUGGAAGGAAGAACCAGUGGGUCUCACAGAAGAACACCCACAUGCAGCUUCUUGCUAACGUAAGUGCAGCACUGCAAGACCAAUCUACAGAAUACCAUUGCAUUUACCGCAAUCAUCAUUGGCUACUAAUGGCCCAAAGAUGCAUGCAAUGCUUACUCUUAUGGGAAACCUUCAUAUCAGGCUUGGAGACUGUGCAGAGACAACCAAUGUGAUAAGCUCCUGGACGACACACUGAGGCCUCCAACUAAGUUCUCCGAUGUCCUGAGGUAUAUGAAGGUUGGGCUACUGUGUGUGCAGGAGUCUCCAGACGACAGGCCAACCAUGCAAGAGGUGGUUCUCAUGCUGGCCAACAGGACCUCAGUGCUGCCACAGGCCGAGAAGCCCGGGUUCUUUAAACCCACCAGCCUGGCGGCAGCAGCCCAGUGGUUCUCAGACGGCUAUAAUUCAUUGUCCUCUGCCAACGUGAUUACUCUCACGAAUGUUGAAGGCCGCUGA